AUGGUGCGUGAACAGAGAAAGCCCAGAUGCUUUAGAUGUCUGCCAUUGUCUGCCUGCAAGCUGGUAGGUGUUGGACAGAGACAGCGUGGACUGCAGCAGGAGCUUCGCGACGCACAGGAGGCUCUUGCAAAAGACCUUGGCGCGGUAGAUUCCCAGCGAGAUGCUGCGGACACGAGCAUUGAGUCCUUGGAGACAAAGAAGCUCCAACUUCGCCAGCAGCUGCAUACCAUCGAUGAGAAGCUGCAUGCUGCACGUGAAGGGCAGCGGAACUAUCUUGCAGAGAAGGAUCGCCGUCGCCGGGCGCUUGAAGAGGUGGAGGCCACGUUUCGCAAGAACCUCAGCGAGGUCGAGGAGCUGGGCCUAGCUGCCAGGAAGGAGCGUGCCGCUGCAGAGAAGGUCAAACAAGCCGCUGCUGAGACAGAGGUGCUGGCAGUGCGCGCCCUGUCUGCAGCAGCUGAGGAUCUCAGUGCCAAGGCUGCGCAGUUUGACAGCCACUUGCUGAACGUGCUGUUGGAACAUGUGGGACAUGAAGAGAAGCGAAUUCAGCUACUCCAUGAUGAGUCGGACCUUUGCACAAGCAUCAUCGCGAAGCACAAGGCUGAGAUCGACUUGUUGACUGUCAUGGACCGACCACUUAGCAGCGUGCUUGACGCUGCCGAGCACAAGCACUUGUGUGAGACCUCUUCUGCAGCAGAGGCGGCUCUCAAGGCAUGUGCCGGCUUCGCACGGGAUUUUGGGCCCUUCCUCAGCAAGCACCCGGCCGCGCACGGACGCCUACAAAAGCUGGAGGCAGAUCAUGCGGAGGUGAUUCGCAAAUUGGCCGCCUGUCGUCAACUUCUCGGUGUUUCGACCCCCACAAUGGAUCCCACCUCAUCUCUGCCAGCGGCGCAGUCAAGUCAUGCGCAAGCAGCCCCUGCAGACCCAGGCAAAGCACAGUAUCCGGCAAACGAUCUGCCUUCGACCCCAGCCCCAAGUGGCAAUGCCCCACAGCAGGAGAGCGCGAAGCCACCCACACAGCCAACUCUUCAAGGUCAGACGCAGGCGAUGCAGCCCAUGCAGCCAGUGCAACCGCAGCAGAGACCUCAGCAGCUGACUCAGCUGACUGAGGUGGCGAGCCAGAUACAGGUACAGCCUCUUCAGCCAAGCCAGCAGCAGCCAGCGCAGCCAGAUCCACCGAAAGCAGCCGCAGCCGCAGUGCCAGCGGCUGGAACGCCAGCCGCUGUGCCAGCGGCUGGAAUGCCAGCCGCUGUGCCAGCACCUGGUGCCGUGCUUGCGGGGACUGGGACUGCAUCUGCAGAGUCAAAGUUGGACGUGCCGACAUGA